AAAAGACUAGCCAGCAGUGGCGGGCAGUGAGGGCAAUAAUAUUCAUAUGUAGGACUCUGGAUGCAGGUGGGAUGCGGAGAGGAGAGGACAGCGAUUACGUUCUGCCUCAGGCAAGGAUAUGUAUUCCUUAGGCACCAAAUUGGUGAUUUCUGCCUCAGGUUUCAUACCUUACCGAGAUAGGUUAGUAAUUAGCCUCAGGCACGAGUGCAGUAUCCACAAGACCCACAGCAGUCGCAUGGAUUGGCCAGGCUCGGGAGGCGGUGAGAUGAAAAUUUCGCGCCAGCCUCCCCCGUUCCGAAAAAUUUUUUUAUCUCUCAGGUGCUCUUAUCAGAGCCGUUGGUUUAUUUUUUCUCUUCAUCUCUCUCUUCUUUCCCCCAUCAUCUUCUGCAUUUUAUUGCAAUUUUCUUCAUAUCCCAUCCUGAGAUUCAGAUUUCUGGAAUCAGCUAACUGACACAGUAACGUGGGCCGUACUUGACAUAGUACACUUCAACAGACAUCUUGUGGGCUUUAUUCACAUCGAGGGCUGUGGGCUGUGGCAUACUGCAAUAUACUCUUCUGUGGGUUCUGAAUCAUAGACGGUUGCAUAUAUCCUGUCCGUCUCUGUGGGCUUAGACCUUGUCCGUUGUGGGUUUACUUGU